AUGGCCGGGCAUUGGCUGCCCGAGAUGAAAGUUUUGGCCGGGGCAGACGAUGGUGGGCUGCAGGAGCCGGGCAGCCCGGUGCGGAAAGUUUUGUGGGAGAGCAUUACGGCGUUUGGGCCGCAGGUGUUGUUUCUGACGCCGUGUGCUGCUGAUGUGAAGACUGCUCUCGCUCAGGUUGAGGCGCUUGCUCGCCUGCCCGGCUUUUGGUCGCUGCCCGCAACUGAAUCUGGGCAGAUGGUGUUGAGUUGCUAG